GACGUUAUCAAUGCGACUGAUUGCGCGCCUCGCGAGCUAGGUGACCUGCUGCUAGUGGACAGCUUACUCUCCGCGAAACGCCGGCCGCGGCCCAGUUGAUAAGCGACCGCACUUGGAAUUGGAUUUGAACCGUGUCGCGUCGCGUCGUUGUGCUACCAAAAUGUUGCUCAUCCUAACGCUGAUAUUCGCCACCGUCGGGUACGCUCUGUUCAACUAUCAUCGCAAGAGACAGAAACUACUGAACAUUCGUUCACACUUCGAUGGACCGGACUCGCACUAUUUGUGGGGAACGUUUCCCAUGUUCAUUGGGAAGAGUAUUCCGGAUAUUUGGGACAUCAUAACGGACUUGCACAAGAAACAUGGAGAGGACAUCGCGAUCAUUGCUGCCUUCAACGAGCUGGUGAUGGAUCUGUCCAGUUCGAAAAAUGUGGAGAAGGUGUUGUUGGCGAAGUCCAUCAAGAAAUCGUUUGCUUACGACUUUCUGGAGCCCUGGCUGGGAACGGGACUGCUUAUCUCUACCGGUGAGAAGUGGUUUCAGCGGAGGAAGAUUAUCACUCCAACGUUUCAUUUUAAGAUGUUGGAAGGGUUUCUGGAAGUUUUCAACAAAGAAGCUGAUAUUCUGGUGUCCAAGCUGAGGGCAAAGGCUGGAAAGGAGGAGUUCGACAUCUACGACUAUGUGACUUUGUAUGCGUUAGAUAGUAUCUGCGAAACCUCAAUGGGAGUCCAAAUCAACGCUCAGGACGAUCCGAACAAUGAAUACGCAGUGGCCGUGAAACAGAUGAGCACGUUCAUCUUACGCAGAGUUUUCAGCAUUUUACGAACUUUCCCGUCACUGUUUUUCCUAUAUCCAUUCGCUAAGGAACAAAAGCAGGUCAUCCUGAAGCUGCAUAACUUCACCAACUCAGUCAUAGAUGCACGAAGAGCAAUGCUGGAAAAGGAGAAGGCCUCACUAAAUGUGAAGUUUGAUCUUCAGGAAGAGGAUCUAUAUUCCAAGAGAAAGAUGACUUUCCUAGAUCUUCUGCUGAACGUUACGGUCAAUGGAAAACCCCUGAGCCGCGAGGACAUUCGAGAGGAAGUAGAUACUUUUAUGUUUGAAGGUCAUGACACAACAACCUCGGGCAUUUCUUUUACUCUGUGGCACUUGGCCAAAUACCAGGACGUUCAGCAAAAGCUGUACGAGGAGAUUGAUCGAGUUUUGGGAAAGGACAAAGCUAAUGCCGACUUAACCAACUUACAGAUUCAGGAACUAGAGUACCUAGAUAUGGUUGUGAAGGAAUCACUGCGGUUGAUUCCCCCAGUUCCAAUCAUUGGAAGAACCCUGGUGGAAGAUAUGGAAAUGAAUGGAGUUACCAUACCAGCAGGAACACAGAUUUCCAUAAAGAUCUACAACAUUCACAGGAAUCCGAAAAUAUGGGAAAACCCCGAUGAGUUUAUACCUGAACGAUUUUCCAAAACGAACGAAAGCAAGCGAGGACCUUACGAUUUCAUUCCAUUCAGUGCUGGAUCUAGGAACUGCAUUGGUCAGCGAUACGCCAUGAUGGAGCUGAAGGUCACGAUCAUCAAACUGAUUGCCAGCUUCAAAGUUCUCCCAGGAGAUUCCAUGGAUAAGUUAAGAUUCAAAACAGAUCUGGUAAUUCGUCCUGACAAUGGAAUUCCAAUAAAGCUGGUAGAGAGAGUUUGAGUAAUGAA